CCACCACACCCAGAGCCUUAGUCAGGGUCAACACAGACAAGGAGGCACUCUGCUACACCUUCCCUGUCAGCAUUUACUUUCUCUAUUUUCUUCUCCGAACAACAUUUUUGUACUUCUCUAUUGUGGAUCUGGGUUUUUAUUCAUUAGUGUUUAAGUCACAGCCUUGUCAUUGAGGGGAAACAAAAUUAUCCAUAGGCUCUUUUGUGGUGAAAUGCAGGUGUGUGUGGGGGCUGGCAUUCAAAACGGACAUCCAUCUCCCAUCAGUUGGACACUCCAGAGGAACCAGGGCCACUGAUCUCCAUUUACUUUUCAUUGUUUCUGUUACUCUUAGAGACUAAAUCUUUGGGACUUAAGCCUCUUUUCCCCGUGAGGAUAAAAGACAAACAAAGAUGUACAAAGUUCCAAUUCUGAUCUUGACAGUGAUAGUGUCACUGGCCGGUGCCAAAUUCUACAGUCCAAACCAAUACAAUCUGUACAAGGCAGGGGCAAGUCCACACCAUGGCCAAGGGAACCCAACAGGCAGACACAAGAACCACUGUGCAUAUGUAGUGGAGAAGAGCGUGUCUUUCACCAUGCAGGAUGGGGCGGCCCCCUAUGUGAAGGCUGAAUACAACAAGUGCUCCUGGGGUCAGAAGUGUCCAACUCUCAUAUAUCGCCUGAUGUACAAACCACACUACAAGGUAGCAUAUAAAACCCAGACAGAGCUGGAGUGGCGUUGCUGCCCAGGAUACUCUGGCUAUGGCUGCAUGGAGGAACCUCCAGCCUACCACCAACCCAUGAAGAUGAUGCCACCUUUUAAGGGCCCCUCAUUUAAGGGUCCACCUUUUAAGGGACCACAGUUCAAGGGUCCACCUGUCCACCCUGGUCUUAAGGCCAAUCCCUGGAGUCAACCCAAGGGACCUCCCAGCAAUGUCAAAUCUUACCCCAUGCGUCACUUUGGACCUCCCAUGACCUCCUACACAGAGACCUCCUUUGAGCCGUUUCCUUCGGAGCCAGAGCCAGACCACCACCCUCAGCAGCAGCCUGAGGCAGACCACCCUGAGCAUGAACCUGAGCAUGAGACUGAACAGGAGUCUGAACAGGAGUCUGAACAGGAGUCUGAACAUGAGCAUGACCGUGAACAUGACCAUGAGCAUGAACAGGAGCAUGAACAGGAGCGUGAGCAUCGGCCCCAGGAAACACCCCCCCCUGGUGGCAGCCAUGAUGUUGACGGCCAGGAUCCUGACAGUGAGACUGAGGAACGUCUGGGCCGUAUGGAGGAGGACGUGCGGCGCCUGUCCCAGGGCCUGGAGACACUAAAGGGGACCCUAACAGGGUUGGAAGACGCCCUCCGUGCCUCUCUACGUGAGGACGCCAACAGAAUGCUGUCUACCCUGCUGUCUGCCUCACCCGGCCCUGUCCCUGCACCUGCUCUGGCCUCUAGCCACUCAGUCGUGGGCUUCGGGGACAUUCCUGGUGGAGACCCUGAAGCAGAGGGGCUGGAUGGGGGCCUGGCUUUUACAGGUCUGGGGGAGCUGACUAGCAGGGUGGAGCAGCUCAGAACAGAGCUGAAGGUCAAGAGCGCUGAGCUGCAGGAGCUGAGAGGAAUGGUGGUGGGCCAUGACGGAACCCUGAGGAGGCUGUCUGGUGACCAUAGCUCAGCCCGCUCUGCAGGUAAGGAUUACCAGAAGUUUGCGGAGGAGCUGGUAGAUGGCAGACUGGGUGCUAGCAGAGCGGAGAUCCUGGGUGGGUUUGAGCAGAGGAUGGAGGUCGCUGAGGGCCGCUGUGAGGAGAAGGCUGGGGAUGUGCGGCGGCAGUGCCAGCGGGAACAGGAGGAGACACAGGAGCAGCUGGAGCAGGCCCUAGAGGGGAGUGCCACAGGCCUGAAGAAGGAACUAGGACAUCUCCAGGCUCAGAUCCAGCGCCUGGACACUACAGAGGGCUGCUCUGGCAGGAUGGUUGGCUUAGCUGAGAGGGUGCACCUGCUGGAGCAGUCUGUGGCUGGGCUCAACCAGUCCCAGGGCCACUUGAGGGUAGAGCUGGGUGGGCACAAGGAUCAUGUGGAGGGCAUGCUGGAGGGGCGGCUAGGGUACGUUGAGGCCCGCCUUAACCUGACUGGCAAGGUGAAGGGGGUCAGUGGUGCCACUGCUGCUGGUGAGACCAGAGUUAGAGAAAGGCUGCUGAACACCACUGAGGUGGGAUUGGGUUUGGAGGCUCGUCUGGAGGGGAAGCUGAAAGCUCUGGAGGGCCGUCUGCUGACUGCAGUGGAGGAGCUGGGCAACGCGACGGCCCCGGCCCUGCUGGAGGGUCACGCCGUGCCCACUCUGGAGACAGAGCUUGAGUCCCUCCGCCAGAGGCUGGAGCUGGACGUGGACAGAGUCCAGAGACAGCUGAGCGGCCUUGAGAGUCUCUGCACCUCCUCCUGCAGCUCCUCCCCUCCCUCUGGCCUGCAGGGAGAUGCAGCCUCAUUACACUCUCGCCUGGUGGAGGAGGAGGACAACAUGAAGGGGCUCCUGGAUGCUCAAGCUGAGAGUCUGACCAGCCUCAACAGCACCCUGCAGAAGCUACUGGUCAGACUGGACCAUAAGGACCACCAGCAGGAAGACAGGGAGGGGAACUCUCUUCAGGGAGAGCUCAUGGUGCUCAAGUUUAAUGUCCGUUCUGUAAACCGCACUCUCCGGAGUCUGAAAGAUUCGGUGGGGUUGGUGGCGCGGGAGGUGGGCCGCGCCAACAGUACCUGGCAGGAGCGGGAGGAGCGUCUGGCCCAGCAGGUGAAAGGGGUGGUGCAGCUGGUGGGCCGGCAGGCAUCCAUGCUGGGCGCUGGGGAGCGGAGGCUGACCCGGCUGAAGGCAGAACUGCAGGAGCUGAGGAGGCGUCUGGCUGGGGAGGUGCAGGGAUGCAAGAGCACGGCGCUGGGAGUCCAGAAAGAAGUUACUGAGGUGGGGGGCCGGGUGGCCAGCGUGGAAGGCCAAUGCAAGGGUCUAAGUCACUUGGCUGAGGACCUGGAGAGGAUCAGGGCGGAGCUGGAGAGGCAGUCGGACGGACACCUAUCCCAGGUCAACGGGACCCUCAGCAGCCAUGCUCUGCAGCUGUCUGAGCUGAGAGACGGCUUGAGAAACUGCACAGCCAAGCUAGAGCUGAGCCACCAGAGACAACCUCAUAGUCUGGAGCCAGAGCAGAGGAGAGGAGAUCAGUAGACAGAAACUUAUUACUGUAAAAGGGAGGCCACAAUCUGAGUGAUGCUGUAAUGGGCCAUUCUCUAGAACUCCAGAGACAUGGGGUUGAUGUUGAUCAUGUUGAUGUUGGGAAAUGUUCAGAAGUUCGUUGUACAAAUGUAUCGCACUGCAAGUCCAUAGACAAUUUCAAAUUGUGUUAUUGAGUUUGAUCAAGUCCAAAGUUUUAUAUUGAUUGAUUUUUAUAUUGAUUUAGCCAUUGUUUAGAAUAUCCUUAUAGUAUCCAAGAUACAUGUUUUUAUUAUGUUUUUACUUUUCAAUUGCAAGUAUCAGAGAAGUUUGUGAUUCACAUUCAUCUUGGUAUGUAAAUGUUGUUUUUCAA